CGCGGUCCGCGUAUAUUAAUUAGAAGAGUAUAGAUAUAGAUUACGCGAGUCAGUACAUGUAUAUAGUAAUAUGUAAAACAGUGCAUAAUAUAUAAAUAUAUUAUAAUAUAUAUAUAUAUAUUUAUUAAAUAUUUACUAUAUUAUUUGCGCAAUAUCCGCCGUGUCCGUACGCGAAUGUGUACUUUUUUUUCUUACUAUCUAAUCUAUUAGGGAAGUGUAAAAUAAUAAAAACAUUACAAUACGAGUAUAAUAUAAUAAAUAGUUUAUUACAAUUAUUAAUUGUAAUAUACAUUUUAGCAGUCGACAGUCGCGUUAGUAGUAUACGAGCCCGCGGAUGACGACACGAUUGAUUUGAUUCAUCGUUGUGGAUACCCGUCGUCCGAUGACGCGUUUGCUCGCUGCCGCCGCCGCUGUUGUCGCCACAAGUACGACGAUAUCGCCGUCGCCGUUGUGGUGAAACGGUCUGUGCGCAUUACGUUUGUCAUUACUUGGGACUUGAGUCACGGCCAGGACGAGUACAACCGAGAACUACUGCAAUAACACUGUGCACCGAAAAGCAGAAAUAAACCCUCCCAAAAAACACACAAAAGAAGCUACUGCAAAAGAUUCCGCCGUAUCUCUCUAUCCAAAGUGCCUGUUAACAUUUUUUUGUCAAUAUACAAAUUAAAAUAAAAUACAUUUUUAUACUACAAUACCUAAUCCUACUUUGAAAAUCGAGCAACGAUAAUAAUGGUGUUGGACUACGAUACGGUCAACCGAGCAGCCGAUCUCGUCGAAUCGUUAACCAACAACGGCCAAGACUUUUUUAAUCGAUCCAACGCUGAACUCAACGAAAUCGAAAAUAUUUGCAAAAAAUCGCCUGAGUAUGUAGAGAGAGUUCAUGUGUUAGUGUUACAUCAGCUAAAAGAAAAGCAUUCAGAGGUUCGACUUGGUGCUCUUCGUAUUUGUGAUUGUCUUUUCAAGAAAUACGAACAUUUCAGAAAAUUAGUUGUCGACGAUUUAUCCGUUUUUCUAAAGCUUACCGUCAACACUGACAUGACCAAACCGUUGCCACCGCCUAAAAAAUUUGCCCGAGAAUUGGAAAUGGCGGCCGUCAGGUGCAUUAAGGAGUGGAAAGACAAUUUUGGAGCUGACUUUGUAGACGAAUUCGAUUUCGCUUUUAGUUAUUUAAAUAAAUAUAAAAAGAUUGAUUUUCAAUCGAUGACCGUGAGGUCGUUGGACGAAGCCAGGCGGGUCGAAGACAGAGAACGUCGACAAAAGCACGUGAACGAAAAGAAACUUCGAAAAAUUCGAAACGAAUUGAAGGAACUUAAACCCGAAAUCAUGGUGUCAGCCACGAGUCUAGAAAGUUGUCUUGAGCUAUUGAUUCCCACUCCCGAAGAAUUUUCCAUACCCGAAGUGGAAAACGACAGCGGGGAUGGUCGCUCUUCUCUUCCUGUCGUACACGACAGUGUUGCAGUCAAUGUGUCCGAUGAAAGAGUAGCUUUUAGGGAAACCGGCAUUAUUGAUCCAGGACACUCGGUCACGGUUUUGCUGAAACCAGGCUUUCGAACUAGAGUGAAAAAAACUGAAGACAACCGGGCCAUUGUAGAAACCGCCGACGAGCAGACCAAACUUAUAACCGGCAAGUACUUGCCCAAAGUCAAACAAUGGCUGCAGGAUGUGGCCAAGAUGACCAACAGUGAGGAUGGUUUGCUGAGAAAGAUCAUUGAGUUAAAGCAGUACUUAUCGCAUUUAAUGGACCGAGAGAACAGGAUAACUUAUUACGAGGAAGAAAACGACUCUGACGAUGAUUCGGACAUGGAAGAAGUACUGCCACCCGCCUGCUCAGCGGAUGAACUGUUGGCGCAGCGAAUUUCCAACAGCUGUGGUACCGUAAGUGACAUUGAUCAGUUCACAGAAGAAACAGCCGUCCGACCUCCGGAAUCAACAGGCGAGCAGAAAAAACACACUAUGGCAGUGCCUACUUUACCUUUUGACGUCGACCUUUAUCACUGGGAAGAUGAUGACGUUCCGGUUCCUCGGUUGUUACCGACUAAUCCGGAUGGUCACAGUUUCUGGUCGUCCAAUUCCGUAAUGGAAACCGACGGCGAUGGAAUUGUACAACCAGGAGGUUCGUCGAGCUUACGUACAAGGGUCAUCGAGUUCACGGGUAAAUUCGAAAGAGUUGACAGACAGUGCCGGGCUCCGUUGCCCAGCGGAAGACUGUGUCCGAGAGAAGAUCGUUUUAAAUGUCCUUUCCAUGGUCGCAUUGUGGCCAGAGACGAAGUGGGUCGACCGAUUGAUCCAGAAGACGAAGUGGCGUUGGAAAAAGAGAAAAGUACUGACGUGCCCGAAUGGCAAGACCCCCAGUUGCUCAGAGACAUACAGAGCGAAACCGGCGUUGACUUAACUAUGCCAAAAAAGGGUAGUAAAAAGAAAGUACAUAAGUAUCCUAAGCUGACGGAUUUGAAAAAAGAGCAGGACACUCCUCGGGCACGAUUGGAAAAAAAGAUAUUUAAAAAAUCUUCUGUGAAAAAGGUAGCCAAGAUUUUGGAUAGUAUGGACCAAAGAAAAUUUCGUGAUAAAUUUGGCGAUCAGUUUAAUUACGUCCACGAUACAGCCUGAAAUUUAUAAUAUUCUCAUGAAAUUGAACAAAAAAUGUUUAUAUUUAUUUUGUUAUGUUGUUUGUUUUAUACUACACUAGUAUAAACAAACAUGUAUUUAUAUUUACAAAACCCGAGUGGUUUUUUUGUUGUAUUGUUAAAAAAUUAUUAAUACAUAAUUAUAUAAUUGUUGAAUAUUGUCUAAAGAAAAAAUCUAUAACCUAGUAUUAGUAAUGGGAAUCUGAAAAUCUGGAUUUUUACAAAAAAAACGCUAUUUAAGCCACUUAAAAAUCAAUUAGACAUUAAGGAUUAAAACUAAAAAAUGUUUUACAUUUUUAAUUUAAAAGUUUUUUGCAACUCACUACACAAUUACAUUAGAA